AGUCGCUGCAGGCAUACUAACAUGGACUCUGAGUACAUAAAGAGACACCUGGGGAGGUGUCUGGCGGAGGGACUCGCUGAAGUGGCCGAGCAGCGGCCGCCUAACCCCGUCCAGUAUCUGGCCCACUGGCUCUACAAGUUCAACUCUAAUGCAGAGUAUGAGGCUGAGAAAAAGGCCAAUUUGGUGGUCCUGGAGCAGGAGCGAGCAAAAGCAAGAGAAGAAGCGCUGCACCAGGAGAGGCUGAGGGAGGAGGAGAGAAAAAUCAGAGAGGCUGACGAGGAGUCUAAAAAAAUCUCUGAGAAGGAGGAUUCACCCAGAACAGCCACAACCGGAGCUGCUGAGGACAACAAGCCUGUGGCAGAAGAGAAACCAAACACCCCUGUUCCAGAAGUGCAGGGGGACACAGACGAACACCAAAGCGAUGCUCAGGAAAAUGUGAUUGAAUCGGAGGUUACAGAUAAUGAAACCAGUCCACAGUCCCCUGAGAGGAAACCUUUGGAGGCCAGUAGUUCGUCCCUUUCGGAGGUCAAAGAGGAGUCUACAGAUAUCACUGUUGAAAAAAGCGAAGUGGAGCCGAGGAGCGAUCAAGAAGAAGAGAAACAAGAGGAGGGGCCAAGUGUCAAUCAAGUAGAAGAGGAAACCAUAAACACGGAUCAAAUGGAAGUGAAAGGAGAUGAGGAGAAGGUGGUUGAUGGAGCUGACACGACUGAAUCCGAGCGGACUGAAGCUUUACGCUCGACUCCCAGUCGAGACCCUGAUGACUUAGAAACUGACAAACCAGACGAGCUACAAGACAAACAAAGCCCUCGUUCUCCCCGGGACACAGAGAAGCAGGCUGAUGAAGAUGAAACUGGUAAGUUGGAGUCAGCACCGCAGACUGAAGGGCUCAAACAAGAAGAGACCAUUUCUACUGAAGAAACCGAACAGGAGACACAGAAAUCUGGUUCUCCGCCUCUUCAGGAACACGAAAAGGAGGCAGACGGACAACUCACAAGUGAGACCACUGAUAGCUCGGCUCCAGCUGACGGUGACAUAACAAAAGAGGGGACAGAGCUGAGUGAGAAACCAAAAGAGGAGCCGGAAGACUCUCCUCCUGACACAGAGGACGUCCAGGAAAAGGAAGAAGAACAAGAUGCAGAUCAUACGUGAGCAAGGCAGUGUUUUACAAUCCGGUUUAAAUAGUUUUGGUUUAAUGUGAAAAUAUAACACUUCUGUAGAAAUAAACAUUUAUCCCCACUAUAUAUACUUUUUUGUUUAUUCUAAUAUCUAUUUGCUU